CCGUACGAUAGAAAAUUUUCGUGACAGCCUCGUUCAAUACAAUACGGUCAACCGAACGUAAAACACACACGUCAGGCAUUCGUCUCAAAACUCUCAAAUAAAUUCACUUUAUUUAUAUACAGAGUCCGAAUUAUAUUCAACAAACAUCAGAAUUUAUCCAAAGAGGAAAUCUUUUUUUUUUGUACAUUUUUCCUUUUCGUAAAACACUCGACCGAGCGAACAGAGAAAUUUAAAAAAAAUAAAUAAAUCGAAUUCAUUUGUGAAUAAAAUUGAAAAAAAGAAAUUGUAAAAAUAGCAUCAACUACUAAAUCACUACCAAGUAGCAACGAUCUUUUUAAAUUAAUUCUAUUCAUUUGAUUUUCUUUCGAUUUCGGUCGGUGUAUUGUAAACAAAAAAGUAAAGCCACAGUGUGUCGAAAACCGAACCGUUGAACAAAGUGUAUAACGAGCCGAAAAAAUAAAAGUUGCGAGAGAAAAAUUUGUUUGUGCACUAACAUAUAUCACUUAUUGCGAGAAAAUCCUUUCGCUCGAUUUUUUUUAAGUUUUGAUCAAACAACAAAGAAAAAAGUUUAACCACCUAAUUUGUGAUUUGUUUUUUUAAUUUAUAAGUUUUUUUUACCGCAUACAAUAAAAGAUUUAAAAAAAAUUUCGUUUAAUUUAAUUCGUUUCGCGUUUAUCUACGAUCAACACUGUAAACAAAAAGUUCUAAUGAAAAUAUUUAAAAGAAAAAUAAAGCGCUAAAGCAAUAAUCGAAAAAUCCAUUUGACACAAACAAACAAACAAAAGAUAUAAGAAACUUUGUCUCUCUUCUCGAUUCGUUGAUAAUCGCACGGUGAUUUCAUAUUGUAAACAUUGCUUAAACGAUUUCACAAAUAAAAUCAUUUAGAAAAGAUUUGCUACGUGUUUGUCAUCGAACCGAUCAAAUAAAAUAAUUUUGAAAACGGAGAAACAACGUAAAGGGGCUUUUAUGAAGCCAUUUGUCAAAAAUUCCAAUAUUUUGCGACUCAUUGACUGAAGUGAGAAAAUAAAAGCAAAUCCAAAAUUGAGAAAUAUAAAGUCAAGCAGUUCUCAAUCAAGUGUCAUUUUCAUUGUGAAAUCCAAAACUGUACACAAGAAAAAACUUUUUUGUUUUGAUUGAUUGUUGCUCACAACCACUUCAACUAAACAAAAGAAAACAUUGGACAUAUUUUCUUUUUGAGGAAGAAUACGGUGCUUUUGUGAAAGAAAAGAGAUUCGAACAGUGAUUUAACAAAGAGAGGCGAAAACUCCAGCAACUAUUCUCUUAGAAUUUUAACGGCUAAAAAGAAUAUUUUGAGGGGAGAAAAGUUAUAUUGCGUGCUCUCCCGUUUUGUCUUGAACAUAAAUAGAUAAUAUAAAAUCAAAUAUAAACAGCUCUUAGACUCAUUUCAAGGUGGCAUAAAAAAUAAACACACCAAGAAGAAAAUAAACGAGACAAAGUUUGUGAAUGUUUUCUUUUAUCCGAUAUCUUGAAUAAUAGAGCGAUAUUAGAGUGAGAGUGAGAGAGACACCAUCAAAUAUUAAGUGUAAAUUAUCCACAUAAUAAGGGACAUACAACAACAGAAAAAAACACACACAUUUGCCAUAUACACAAGACAAUUUUCACCUAAUUUUUUUGCACACCUGUGCCACAGCUUUUGAAGUGACGUUGGUUUUGUUAGCAACGGUGGCAACAAGGCCAAUAUCUUUUUCUGACGGAGAAACAAAAAUUGGCAAAGAGAAUCGAUAAAAGCGAUAACAUUGAUUGCAAUUUUCUCUCUUUUACCUGCGAAUCACUCGAUAGUCGAAAACUUGACGGCACACAUACACACACACGCAUACCGAGCCAGCCAGCCAAAGAGAAACCAAAAUAUCAAAGGGAAAUCUGAUAACACAGCACCCAAGUGAAAAGGCAAAACGCAAGCGAAAAUCAAGCAGCGCCAGUUCUGAGUACGAAUCGACGGAUUGAAAACCCAUUGGGAACGCAUUGCCAGAGACAGAGAUAAAAUCAAUUUUCAACUGGUCCUCAAUUCAAGGCGAGCAGUCACCAGAGAGAGAAAAAAGCACAUUCAUCCAAAGUUGAAAGAAGCACUGUUCAUUGUUCUAGUCAUUGAGAUAUAAAGCCACGGCUACAUCGACAUUACCGUUUAAAUCCUGAACAGCACGUGCAAAACCAAAUCGAUUGCCCGCAGAGAAAAGUCAAAUCAUACACAUUUACACAAUUUGUAACCAAAAACGCAGUAACAUACGAACAAGUAUUCAUCUGAACAUAAAAACAAAAAACAGUAAACGAACGGAAAAACCGCCUGACAGCAGCAAUUACAAGCAACGUCAGUGUGCUAAAUAAAAAGACACCGUGAUAUUUCAUCAGUGCACGUUUGAUACCAGAAAAGAGAUAAGGCAACAUCACAAAACACGUUUACUUUUUCCGCUUUGAUAAGCAAAAACACAAACGAGUAAAAGCGGCAAAGAAACAAAGACAAAAUAGAAAGAACAAAUCAACAAAGCAACCUGAAAUAGUGGGUUGUCAAUACAAAGACCGAGAAAAAUAGCACAAAAGCAUCGACUGCAUUUACUAAACUAGUACAACACAGGAGAACGUUCGAACGAAUAUCGAAUUCUUUUUUCGUUUUGUACAGAAGGAAAAGUGAGCGAAAGAGUGGAAGAGGUAGCGAGAAAAUUGCGGAAAAAGUCAAAUUCGAACGGUGUUCAUAAAUCAACAAGAAGAAGACUAUGCGUAUAACGGCAGAGCCACAAAGAGACAAAAAAUAAAUAAACAUCACACGUUUUGCCAACUCCGAAUAUACAUCGAAAUCGAAUCGUUAUAUUGACGUACCUCUCAUUUGCUGAAUCAACGUUAAAAUAUAGAACACACAUCACGGGUCGACGAAAAAAAAACACACACACACAAAUUUCCAGGCAAAUAAAAAUCUUUAUGUUCUACUUCUCGAAAAACCUCUUCGAUUAAACGCCGUAAUUUCAGCCAAUUUUUCACGAUCGUGUUUUACCUUUUGUGUAUACUGCCCUUCAAACGGUUGUCUUGGUCAACAUUGUCGUCGUCGCCGCUAUUGCCGACCAAAAAAGGAAAAAAAUCGCAAUCGAUCAAUAAAUAAAUCGGCCGACAUUUUUCUCCAGCACCAUAUUCAUCGCAGCAUUCAAUCAAUAUGCACAUAGAAGUGUCGGUGGCACUAAAUUUCGUUAUAUCAUAUCUGUACAAUAAAUUGCCACGGCGUCGUGUCAACAUAUUUGGCGAAGAGUUAGAAAAAGCGCUGAAAGAGAAAUUUCAAGGACAUUGGUAUCCAGAGAAGCCCUUCAAGGGCUCCGCAUUCCGAUGCUUGAAAACUGGUGAUCCAACCGAUGCGGUGCUAGAGCGUGCAGCUCGUGAAAGUGGUGUACCAAUCAGUGAUAUUUUGGAAAAUCUACCAGCCGAAUUGUCAGUUUGGAUUGAUCCCGGAGAGGUGUCAUAUCGUAUUGGCGAAAAGGGAACAAUUAAAAUUUUGAUAUCUGAAUCGCAUGAUCGCCACUCCGAAGAUACAUCGUCGGCUGAUCGUGAGGUGACAAAAACAUUCAAUCCAGAAGCUCAAUGUUUUCGGCCAAUCGAUGCGGUCAGUUCAUCGCUAAGUGCAUUGUCAUUGAGCCCAAAGACAUCACCACAAAAUUCACCACCGACAUCAGCACCGAGUCCAGCUAAUUCAGCCAAAAAUUAUAUGAAAAAUGCGAACGGUUCACCUGGUUCAACAUCAACUGCCGGCGGCACAAAUGGCGUUGGUAAUUCGUUUUUACCACGCUCGCACGCCCCAUUGACAUUCACUACUGCCAGUUUUGCCGCAACGAAAUUCGGAAGUACAAAAUUAAAAACCAAUUCAAAGCGUACAAACAGUCGCAUGUCACCAACUGAAUUCUCGAAUUAUAUCAAACAAAGAGCCAUUCAGCAACAAAAUCAUCAUUCCCACAAUGGUCACAAUGCCAUGACACCGAUUGGCCCAACGACCAACGGUCAUUUGAAUUCGAUUGGUCCCGUAUCGCCAGCUCGUUCGCUGUCACCAAAUCCAUUGUCGGUGGCCAUUGGUGGCACUACAAAUACCACCAAUAUAUCAUCACGCAAUAUGCCGAAUGAUUCGUAUUUCUUCUCACAAUCGGCAACGUCGGCUGGCGUAUCGUCAAAUGGUUCAAGCAUGAAUUCAGCCAUGUAUUCACCACCGCAAUACGGUCGAAACAAUUUAUUCGAAUCGAAUAAUCCGUAUGCCAGCGUUCCAACCAAUACAAAUACGCUUGGAUCGAAUACAUCAUUUUAUUCGAAUGGCUAUGGUAAUAUUGGCAAUGGCACAGCCAGUAAAUACUCACCGUAUAUCGAUACAAGCAAUUAUUAUGGGUUACCAAAUGGUCAACAACAGCAGCCAUCGAAUGCGAUGAAUUCACUUGGUGCACCGUCUCCGCAUAUCAAUGGCAUGACAAAUGGACACCAUCAAACAUUGGAAUCCAAUUUGAAUACAGGGAAUAUCAAUCUAUUGGUCGCUAAUUAAACGCAUCGACACACAACACUUCUUUUUGCUACAAAGAACGAACUAUUCACAUUGGAUUUCCCGCACUCUAUCAAUCAAAAGAAACAAUAAACUGCAUCGUUCAGUUCUUUUUUUGUUUUGUAAUUGGUUUUUUUAGUAAAAUUUUAAGUGUGUACAGAGAACAAACAAACAAUUUAAGGGCGAAUACCUAUAGCGUGACUUUGAACGUAUACUAAUAUACGAUUUACUCUCAAUAAGAGCUAAAAUGCUACACAUGAAAAUUAAGCAAGUUUGGAGAUCGAAAAUGGAAUGCAAAUAUUUUCAAUAUUUUAGAAAAAAUACACCGAUAGAAAUGGGCUGACCAAGGAACUGCGCUUACACAUAUGCAUUCGAACAUUUCGCUUGGUUGACGAGCUAGCAGCCAAACAAAUAGAAUACAGCAUAUUUGAUUGUGGCACUUGGAGGAACGAGCAAUCGUUUUUUUAUACAACAUUUUUUUCUCAUUAUAUUAUUGUGCAAAGAAUAAAAGAUUUCAAAUCGUUAUUCGAUAUUUUCGAUCUAAGAUACAAGAAUGAAAAACAUGUUAUUUCUACAGCAAUCAUUGUGAUUUUCGUUUGGAUUGAGUUUUAUCUUUUCUUUGUAACACAUUAUAACUAGAUGUAAUAGAUAGUAAUUUUUUGUUGUUCAUUUUCUUGAAAAAAAAAAAAAAAACUAUAACGGAAGGCAUGAAAUUUCAUUUUUCAUACCACAAGAAUUUUUUUUAUA